AUAAUCAAAUAAGCGAGCACAUUUCAGGGAUUAGAGUUUUGUUUUGAUUUCAAUAAAACCCAAAGUGCUGCUACUGUUUGAAGAAGAAGAAGGAGGAGGAUGAAGAUAGCAGUGGAAGGGUGCAUGCAUGGCGAACUCGACAAUGUCUACAAAACCCUCAAGCAUCUCGAGGAAACCCAAAACAUCAAAAUCGAUCUCCUCCUCUGCUGCGGAGAUUUCCAGGCUGUUAGGAAUGAGCAAGAUUUGAAAAGCAUGAACGUUCCCCCGAAAUUCCGAUCCAUGAAUUCCUUCUGGAAGUACUAUUCUGGCUUGGAGGUUGCUCCUUAUCCCACCAUCUUCAUCGGUGGCAACCAUGAAGCCUCCAAUUACUUGUGGGAAAUGUAUUAUGGAGGAUGGGCUGCACCUAAUAUAUAUUUCUUGGGAGUUGCUGGGGUAAUCAAGUUUGGGAAUGUUCGAAUUGGUGGGCUUUCCGGAAUUUAUAAUGCUCGCCACUAUAAAUCAGGACACUUUGAGAGACCUCCCUAUGAUCAGAGCACCAUCAGGUCUGUGUAUCAUGUUCGAGAAUACGAUGUUCACAAACUCAUACAAAUUGAGGAACCGAUUGAUAUCUUUCUUUCUCAUGAUUGGCCCGUGAGGAUCACUGAUUGUGGGGAUUGGAGGGAGCUUGUACGGCAAAAGCCCUUUUUUAAGCAGGAGAUUGAGGAAGGAAGACUUGGGAGUAAAGCUGCUUCUCAACUUCUAGGUAAACUGAAACCACAAUAUUGGUUUUCUGCUCAUUUACAUUGCAAGUUUGCUGCUCUUGUUCAGCACGGGGAAGGAGGUCCGCUGACAAAAUUCCUUGCACUUGAUAAAUGUCUUCCUCAGCGCGACUUCUUGCAGAUAGUGGAAAUCGAAUCAGAGGCAGGCCCUUAUGAGAUUCAGUAUGAUGAAGAAUGGUUAGCCAUAACAAGGAGGUUCAACUCUAUAUUCCCGCUGACACCCAAGGGUGCAGAUUUCAGAGGUGUGAAUCUUGAGAUGGAUGAUUGUCGCCAAUGGGUUAGAAGCAGGUUACAACAGAGAGGGUGCAAACCUUUUGAAUUUGUUAAAACUGCUCCGUGUUAUGAUCCUUCUCAAUCCAAUUUUCAUGGUUCUUUUGCUGGUUGUCAUUGGAAUCCUCAAACAGAAUCUCUUUUACAGUUUCUUGACCUUCCAUACCUCCUUGAUAAGAAUCCUGAAUCAACUGACUUGUCACCUUAUCCUUCUCGCUCCAUUGGAAGAGGCCCUGUCGAUUAUGACAGUGAAGACAUUCCUAUUGAUGAUUUGGAAGAUGAUGAUCUCUCAAAUGUUCAAGACGUGGAAACUGAACUUUGAACUGCUGAAUCAAUUUUGCAAUUGACUAGCAUUUUAGACCAAUUGACUGGAGAUUUAUUUUUGAGUUUCUAUGUACAUAAAUAAUUAACAAACCAAAACAAAGCCUUUAGGCCUUUUCAAUAGUUGCAGUUGUGGACUUGUGGUUGCCAAGCCACACCAACAAACAAUUAAAAAAUGGUGACCCACCCAUGAUUUUGCCCCUUGUACUGCAAAGUCUAGCUGGAUCUGACAUAUAGUGUUGUAUACUUGUACUUAACAACUCAAUGAGAAAAUUUGUUCCAUUUCAAGGGAUUUAUUAA